GUCGUUUCUGAUACACACUAUUUGGUCGCUAUCAUGAAAAUGUCAAUUCCUUGUCACAAAUAUCGCAAAAUAGAUAAAGAAAAUGUCAGAUAGUAACUCGCCCUGUUACUGGCUGAGAAAAUGGGCAUUUUCGACACGAAGCUGCGUUUCUUGACAAGAAACCGACCUUUCACAAGUACACAUAUCGAAUUUUUUUAUACAACCGUUUGAAAUUAGUUUAGAAUUCCCUCAACACAAUGGGAAGCACUUCAUCCAAAUUUAAAAAGUAUCUCCAACACGGCGAUGAGUUUGCAGCGAUGCAAAUUUACCAAAGUUCCCCGGAACUACGCAAAAACCUGGAUCCUAAUUUAAGUUACGGCGAAAACCACAACCACAACACUGCUCUACAUUAUGCUGCCAAACACGGUAUGAAGCAUCUAUUGAGAACGUUUCUAAACGAUUUGGGAGGCAAUCCGAACAAAAAAAAUGGCUUAAACGAAUCAGUUUUACACAGCGCUUGUCAACUCAAUCAAACCAAGAGUUUCAGUGCCCAAGAAAGAAGAGCUGCAUGCGUUCAACUACUUCUCUUCUGGAAAGGAGGUCUUUUAGCCAACGGAGGGAGAGAAAGGGUUGAUUUAAGUUCACAAGAUAAAGAGGGCAACACGGCAUUGCACUGGGCCGCUUCCACCGGUCUCAAGCGCUGUGUUGAACUUUUGCUAGCACAUGGAGCUCCCCUUUUUAUUGAAAACAACGAUAAAUUAACUCCGUGUGAUUUAGCAAUGAGGGGGUCCCAUCACGACAUUGCUAGAUUGCUCGAAAGCCGAAUGGUUUUUGCUGAUAAUGCUGAUCUGGUAAACGAAGAUGAGAUAAUUACAGAACAAGAGGAAGUUUAUAGUGGACUUAGAAGUCAAGAUUUACAAGAAGCUAAAGACCAGUUGCUUGUUGAUACUUCAGAUAUGCUUAAAAUUCCGCUAUUUACAGCUGAGGCUCUUUUGAGAAAUAAUGAAUGGUCCCGUGAACUUCUUCUCGAAAAGUGGAUGAAAGAUCCGGUCGAAUGUUGCCAAAUCGCUGGUGUUCAAGCUCCUUCUUCCGUUCUUAAACAUGCAGGUUCCUUAGAAUCUAGUAUUUCAGCUGAAACUAAUGACGAAAAUGAAUUAAUGUGUGAAAUUUGUUUGUCGACAAUAUCAAACUGGGAGCAACCAGUUAAAAUGUCCUGUAAACACUCCUUUUGCAAAACUUGCUGGGAAAGCUACCUCACAACAAAAAUUCAAGAUGGCGAUGCUCAUCACAUCCUAUGUCCAGCUUACCAGUGUCACAUUUUAGUUCCCGUUGAGCUUAUCGAGAAGUUAGUGAGUCCCGACAUGGCGCGUAGAUAUCUCCAGUUCGAUAUUAAGGCCUUUGUCGAGAGCAAUAAAAGCAUCAAAUGGUGUCCCAUCGCCGGUUGUGGUCGAGCGGUCCGGUUACCGGAAGCAGAACAGACCGGAAACCGGGUUAAUAAUAAAUCAGCUCCGAUAACCUCCCACGCCGUGGACUGCGGAAACGCGCAUUUUUUCUGUUGGGAGUGCUUGGGUGAAGCACAUGCACCUUGCGGAUGUAAACAAUGGCAAGAGUGGCAGAUUAAAAUUGCUGAAAUUAAACCGGAAGAACUUAAAGCUUCGUGCAGCGGAAGCGAAGAUGCUGCCAAUUGUCUCUGGCUUGUUACCAAUUCGAAACCCUGUCCAAACUGCAAAAGUCCAAUUCAAAAAAACGAAGGCUGUAACCACAUGAAGUGUUCCAAAUGCAAAUUUGACUUUUGUUGGGUGUGUCAAGAAUCAUGGAAGAGACACAGUUCCGCAACCGGCGGCUAUUUCCGAUGUAAUCGCUUCGAGGCCGUUCAUAAGGCUGACGAAAAGCAAGGAAAUUUAAUUUCCGAGGCACUAGAUAGAAAUAAUCAAAUGCAAGAAAUGUCUCGUUUUUUACAUUUUUAUACGCGUUUUAGAAACCACGAAAACAGUCAGAAGCUCGAAGAACCCCUUCUAACCAGCGUUCGACAAAAAAGAGAAGUGCUCGCCAGCAGUCUCGGAUUAAAAAGUACCGAAGAUUCCGGAGAGAAAGGAACAAAAUUCAUCGAAGAUGGUGUGAGAGAAUUAUUAAAAGCACGAAGAGUUUUAUGCGGUUCUUACGUUUACGGUUAUUACUUGGAAGAUGACGGCUAUAACAAAGCCAUCUUUGAAUUUAUGCAGAAUGAGUUGGAGGAAGUAACCGAAAAGUUGAGCGAAAUGAUAGCUCGCCCGUAUUUACGAACACCUAAAGCCGUGAUUGUCCAAACAACAGCUCUAGCAAGAAGAAAAAGACACGAAUUUGUGAGGGCAGUAGCGCAAGGUUUGAUUCCACCGGAAACGCCACCCACUCAAAGAAAACGCAAGCGAAAAUAUCUUGACACCGAUUUGACGCAAACGAGCGCCUGGUUGCGUGAUUGUGAAUGGCCUGAAAAUGAUUCAGACGAGGAUAAUGAAGUAAGUUUCAAACAAUUUUCUGGAGGCUCUCCAAACUCCAAAGAACAUCAAUGCGGCUUUUUGUGCAGUAGACACGGAUGUGGCCGGUCUGAUUACAACAUGGAACUUAUAAUAGCUCUGGAAAUGUCUAGACUUCAAAUGAUUGAAGAUAGGAUGAAACAAGCACAAGCCAAUGCAAUCACUCCUGAUCCCAGUUCAAGUAUUUCGAAUAACAGCAAUGAAAGUGCCGAUGAUCAGCUCAAAUUGGCGAUUCAGCUCAGUUUGCAGGAAUCGGGGGCGGCGGAAGAAGCGGUUCAGAGUCAACCUUAUCAAAAGAGCAGUGCGGAUUGGACGGUUGAUUACUUCCUCAAGUCUUUAGCUAAUCACAAGAUUGAUUUGAAGAGUCUCGAUGUUAACAAACUUAACCCUGAGACUGAUAGGGAAUUGUUCUUUCGGCCUUGUAAUGGGAAUGAGGAUGGCAGAUUUCAAAUUUCAGAUAUUCAUGAGAAAGGUUUUGCUUUUGAAGAUGUGGAUGAUUAUGACGAUGCUGAUGUUGGUCUGAAGAGGUCACACUCAACUGGAGAUCUGUGUGUUAGAAGAAGUGGAAGAGGAACAAGAGUUCGCAUGAAUGGAGAUGAACCUCGUUAUCACUUAGAUUCAGAUCAUAGUAGUCAGCAUGACGAUAAACCGGAAGACUUGGCACGAAAAAUUCUAGCUUUGCCUUCAACUUCUGUGCGUACUAAACAAUUUCUUUUACUCCAUCACACUUAUCCAGAGGAAGAGUCGUAUCAAGGGCAAAGUUCGAUAGAAGAUACUACGACUUCGGAUUCGAUAAAUGCCGAUAUGGAAGUUUGUGGUAUUUUGAGUUCAGUCACUGAUGAGGAUAUUGGUAAAAGUUACAACGAGGAAGAAGAAAUAAAAAAGACUGAAAUGACAAAAAUAGUCGAAUGUAAGAAACAAACCCACAAUCCUUUUGCUUCGUUGAAAGCGAAAUUGUGUUCAGCACACCUGCCUAAAACUAGUUACUUGACGCGGAUUGCAGUGAAUAAAAGUAUAGGACUUCUUAGUAGUGAUCAUAAAGUUAAAAAGAACUGUGAUAUCCUCAAAGAUGGUCGAUGCAAAAGUGAAAAGCACAGCCCCAAAAGCAUAAAACAUCAGAAAUGUUGCCGCGAUAGUAGUUUCUCCAAGUCCACGGGAUUUCUAUUGGAAGACCAGCGGAAAAAUUGCAACUUACGAAUAAAAAUCUGCAAAAGUCCUGAUUCCAAGUGUCGCAAAAGCCACACGUUGGAAACGGACAGUUCGAACGAGUACGAAUCCGAGACUGGCAUCCCCAAGUCACCCACGUUGUUCAUAUCGGGAGUGUCCAUCUCCCGUACGCCAGAACCAAAAUCACCCGGAAUGAUUCUAAUAUCGGGUGGUAGACAAUCGAGGUCGUCUAGUUUAAGUGUACCUGUGCCUCUAACUUCGUGUUCUUUAAACAUUUCUAGUACUAGUCUUAACAAUACUCUACCACCGGAACCGUUCACGCCAUCUUUGGUACGUUCGACAACCCCAGCCAACUCACGUUCGAAUAUCCCCAGUCCCUCAGACUCGAGUCCCAAAAAAGAAGCCAAUGCCAAAUCGAAAAGCGCCAGCGAGCCGGAACGCGAGAGGGAAAUGUUUAGGUUUCCCAAAUCUUCGACGGACGGCGCUUUGAGUUCGGUCUUGCACAUACAAGAAUCGAAUUUAAGUUCGGAUGAUUUCCACGAAGCGUUAUUUCUGCUGGAAAGGUCUCCUAAAACUAGAGACUCAAAAAGAAGGAAAAAAUCUAAGAAAAAUAAAGAGAAAGAUGACAAAAAGGAGGACGUUAGCUCCGUAUUGUAACUAGGUAAGACUGUUUCGUUGUUAUUGUUGUUCAACGCAUCGAAAUGCGUUUUUGUGAUAAGUAGCCAUGUAAGUUUUUGUGCUAAACUUUAAGUGACCAACACAUCCAUUCGGCGACUACUGCAGUUAACCAACAUAUUUACACAUUUUCUUUAAUCUUAAAUCUUCAAAUUUUUAUUUACAACAUUUUGCAAAAAAGCUUUUUGCACUAUUUAUUUUGUAAACAAUUUAAAGAGGCUAAGCAACUUAAAAAUACACACAAAAAGUGAUCGGAUCACGUUUCUGGCUUGACUACCAGAUUUUAUAAAAUAGUUUUAAUAGUUUUUGGGAUGUUCCAAAACUUGUUCAAACUUCAAUAUUUGAGAUAGAAAUGUUAUAUUUUAUAACAUAGUUUUUUCCAAUAAUCGAGUUGUGCUACAUCCUGUGUAGAAGAAAGAGUCAUCAGUUUUCCGGUGAUUGCAAAAUUAUUAAAUUAAAAAAAAAAUAUUGUGGAUUACUAAAAAUAAUGUGAAUACUGAUGUAAAAAAAUGUAUUAAUAUCAAAACAUUUUACUCUUUAAAAAAAAAGUUAAUGAAAAUUAUCACUAGUAAUAUCCCGUUGCAUACCAAAAUUAGAAACAAUUUGUUAUGCACGAGGGGUAUUUUGCAACUAUUUACAAAAUUUACAAAAACAAUAUUUUCAUUAUGAGAAAUUUAAAAAAAUAGUCAGAAAAAUACACGAUUUUUUAUUAAAAUUUAAAUAACAAAAUUAAUAAACUCCAAAUUUUUAUAACUUUAUAACUAAAUGUGAUAUUUUUUGAAUACUAUAAAUUAGUCUAUUUGAUCAUUGUUUUGCUUGGCCUCUUCUCCUGCCAUGUUUUGUGUGUGUUUUAUAAUUUUUUAGGAAAAUCAUAUCACUGAAAAUUCGUUAACGGAAGUGGAAAUAUUCCUAAAUUAUUGUCGUUGGGCGAGAUUUUUGUAAUAUUUUUUGUAGAAGAUUUUUAUAAAAUUUUAUAUAAGCACACAUUUCCUAGAUGUUCUUCAUUUCUAAACUUUAGGCCUAAAAUUUAUUUUUGACUGAAUAAAAAUAUAGUAUUAAAAUUAAUAGUGAUAUUUUCAUUUGUAAAGGUUAAUAACUUUAUACUCAUUGUUUUCUAAUUUUAAGUGAUGUAGAUAUGAGUAUCUUCAAACUUGCCAUAUAAUAGGUUAAACGAUAAAACAUAAAUACAAAGGCAAGCACUGAAAGUAAAAUAAAAAAUAUAUACCCCCAUUUUAGACUGAUUUUCUUAUUUAUGAUCUAAUAUUUAAAGGAAAUAGUUUUUUUAAAGUCGAUUUAUUUUUGAUUUGUAAUACAUAUUACCUAUUAACCAACUGUCUUAGCAUUUAUAUGUGCGCACAAUAUGUAUACCUAUCUAUACCUAAUUUGAUUCUUAUCUUAUCUUAUAUUGCCAAUUGAUCUGAAAAUAUUAAACAUCAAUAAAUUCAUGCACAAUUUUUUUCCAUCUAUUGUCAACAAAAUUGAGAUUUUAAUUAUUUCUUUUAAUUCAGCUGAGUUUAAAGAUUGGACAAAAGAUCCUGAACUAAAUGAAAAGCUUAUUUCAACUGACAAAAAAAUGUUUUAUUUGCUGUUUAUUCCUGUUUGAUAUUUUCCUAAUAAAAGGAGACAUGUAGAAUAUAAAAAUGUAAUGUUGAAUGUUCUGUACCUAUAAAUGUAGCUGUUAGAAGAAGAAACUUGUACUGAUUGUGAUUUUUUAGCAGAUAAUAAAUAAACCAUUU